GCGGCGCGCGGCGGGGUCAGUCGGAGCGCGGCGGCGGAGGAGGGAGGAGGUGCGGAGCCGAGUGGAGCGGAGCCUAGCCGGAGGCAGCUGAGGAUGAUAAACACCCAGGACAGUAGUAUUUUACCUUUGAGUAAGUGUCCCCAGCUGCAGUGCUGCAGGCACAUCGUUCCGGGGCCUCUGUGGUGCUCCGAUGCCCCUCACCCACUGUCGAAGAUCCCCGGUGGGCGAGGGGGUAGCAGGGAUCCUUCUCUUUCAGCUCUGAUUUAUAAGGAUGAGAAGAUCACUGUUAGCCAAGAUGUCCCGGUGCACGAAGGGAAGCCUCAUGUUGUCCACUUCCAGUACAAGGUCACAGAGGUGAAGACUUCCUCCUGGGAUGCAGUGCUUUCAAAUCAGAGCCUCUUUGUGGAAAUCCCUGAUGGGUUAUUAGCUGAUGGAAGCAAAGAAGGGUUAUCAGCACUGCUGGAAUUUGCUGAAGAAAAAAUGAAAGUCAGCUAUGUCUUUAUUUGCUUCAGAAAAAGCAGAGAAGAUAGAGCACCGCUCCUGAAGACCUUCAGCUUCUUGGGCUUUGAGAUCGUGAGGCCUGGUCACCCCUCUGUCCCGUCACGGCCAGACGUGAUGUUCAUGGUGUACCCUCUGGAUCAGAACUCUUCCUCUGAUGAAGAAUAGCUGCGGUGGGGGACCUGAGCGUGACCUGAAAACCUUUUGAGGGGAGAGAGGGUUACAUCUCCUUUCUUGAGGAAAGGGAAAACAAGCUUUUGUUGAACUGAAACUGCAUUUCUCAUUGUUAGAUUGGCCUGUGUAUCCUCAGAGUUGACUAUCUCAUUGAAACGUGUUGCCUAGAGAACUAUAUAUACACACAUGUAAUCACCAAAUAGUAAAUGGAAGAUGUUUAUCAACUGGCAUAGGAGCUCCUGCCAUGCGGCUGUGUGCUGUGCUAGCCUAGAGGCACCUCGUGCGGGGCUGCGUAGGGAGCACAGCGGUAGAUGCAGCAUCAUCAACCUGACUUCUCUCCAUCACUGUUGGUCUGUCCCCAUCACCUGAUGUGUGGCGUGCGCUCAUCUGACCGAACACCUCUUGGUUUUCACUCAGACUCUUAAAAGUAAGGCAUGUUUGGGGGUUAGACACGUGGAGGAGGCGUGAGUUAACCUUUAACACUACAUUAAAACCCCUCUGCAUUUCUGCUUUGGGGCAACCAAUGCUGUUUUAACUGGUCUAACUUUUUCUUUCUUUCUUUCUUUCUUUCUUUUUUUUUAAGAAAAAAGACCCAACUUUCUUUCCUCUUCCAGCUUUUGUUUAAGCAGUCUUACUCUGUUCAAUGUUACCGCUGCACUAUCACCGCGUUCAAUAAAAGGGGCAUUCAGAUUAACUUCACCCAGCUGGGGCUGCUUAUUUGCAAGAGCUUUCCUUGUACUGCAGUGGUUCCUGUGGGGUGGAGGAGUGCUGGGACCACCAUCCAGGGGCUACGUUCCCACCUGCAACCAGUGACGGUGGGUCUCAUCCCAGGGUUGAGUGUGGGGCUGUUCUCACACCUGUCCUCCUGCCUGGGGAGCAGUGGUGCCCAGGGUGAGAAGCUUUCCUCUCCAUCACACCUAUGCUCUCACUGCCAAGCUGCCCUGCUGUGGUGGGCUGCCUGCCUUCAGGGCCACGUGCACAGGGUGUAGGGAUGGACUGUGCCCCAAGAUGUGUUGCUGGCGCUCUCUGGCCUGGCUUCUGCAUGUGGAGAUGUCUGUGAGGGCCAUGUGCAUUCCUGCUAUCCUGUGAAGAAUUUCAUUAGAGUAGAAGCUGAGCCAUUCUGUAAUCGUGCUCAGUAUUUUCUAAGGGGGGAGAAAGGUGGAGCAGGGAUACGAGCUGGUGUGAAUAAAUCAUCUUAAAUUUU